ACACACGCGAACACUGGAACAUACUGUACUGUCUUGGUAACUUGUUUUAUCUAGUGUUAAUAAUUGUGGUAUAUGCACCUUUCAAAUAGGGCAAGCUACGUGUUUGCAAGGUUUGUUAAAGAGACAACAGACACGAGUAGGAUGGUGUGUGACGUGUGACCGCCCCCCGACCCCAGGACAGGUGAGGGGCGGUGGGUGGCACAUCAUCUCAUGCAGACAGAGGAGAAGAGGCCCCUGGCGUCGGCAGAAGAACCCCAGAGCCCAACGACUCGGCAUCAGCAGAAGCAGCGGGAGAAGGAGAGAGACGUCGGCAUGGGUGGGGUGACGGGUCCGGUGCUGAUGUGGCUGCAGGACGUGGCGGCGGUGACGCUGCUGAAGGCCAGGAGGACGCUGCUGCAGGUGGCCAUCGCCGUCUGCAUCCUGCUGCUGCUGCUCUGGGUCUCCAUCUUCCUCUACGGCAGCUUCUACUACGCCUACAUGCCCCUGGUCAGCUACGCCACGCCCGUACACCUUUACUACAGUGACACACUACUGCAGGAUUUGGUAAAUGCCCUGUCCUCUGCCCAUAUGGACAGCAUGCCUAUGAACUGGAGGGUUGUGUGUGCCAUUUGCUCCUGCAGGACCGACUGCGUCUCCAGCGAAGGAGAGCUCUGCUCCUUCCCCAGGGCCAACAUCUCUCUGCUCAAGAACGGCAAAGACCAGGUGAUGGUUCCAGGUCAGCCGUACCGCGUCUCUCUGGACCUGGAGAUGCCAGAGUCUCCAGUGAAUGAGCAGCUGGGCAUGUUCAUGGUCAAGAUGUCCUGCUACAGCCGCGAGGGACACACCACCACCUCCGUCGCACGCUCUGCCAUGCUGCACUACCGCUCCAGCCUGCUGCAGACCCUCAGCACGCUGGCCUUCUCCCCCCUGCUGCUCUCUGGCGUCUCCGAACAGAAACAGAUGCUGGAGGUCGAACUGUUCUCCGACUACAGGGACAACUCGUAUCAGCCUGCCGUGGGUGCCAUGAUUGAGAUCCACUCCCGUCGGGUGCAGGUGUACUCCGCCCAGCUCAGGAUUCACGCCUACUUCACUGGCAUCCGGUAUGUGUUGUAUAACUUCCCUCUGCUAUCGGCGGUGGUGGGCGUGGGCAGUAACUUCCUCUUCCUGUGCGUCAUCGUGCUGUUUGGCUACCUGCACAUCAUCUGGGGCGGCAUCUGGCCCCCCGAGCAGGUCCGCGUGCGGGUGAUGAUGGGGGAUGCCACUCGACUGCAGCAGAGGAGAGAAGAGGCACGCAAGCGCCUGUCAUCCACCAACCUGCAGAACGAGUUCAAUAAGCCGGACACAGAUAGACCGCCCUCUAGAGGAAGCACCCAGGAAGCACUCUCCUCUCCAAAAAAGGGGUUACUAGAAGCAACCGUGAUUCGCGCUUCAGAUUCUGAAGGAAUGCAAUACAGCAGUGCAGAUGAGGCAGUGAUCCUGGAGGCCCCGCGUCUGACUGAGAUGGAGGCGAGUGAAGAGGAGGAUUCAGAACCCUCCAGCAAGACUCCCCCGUCCACCCCAUUACUACCACCACAAGACACACCCAGCAACAACGACAUCACUCUCAGGCAGAGACACUGACACAUACACACACACACACACACACACAAACACAUGCUUAUCCAUGUCGCAGCAACUGUGCACUGCACUGAAACCGUGAGGGUAUUCCAAGAACCUGCUUCUAGUAAAUCAGGUCAAGUUAACCUUGAUUUAGUGGACCCUUCCGUGGUGGUAACGGUAGGGCACUCAUCAGCUACACGGCUGACCCGGGUUCGAUUCCGGCCCGGGUCCCUUGCCAACCCUUCCUUGUCUCUCUCUUCCCCACUCGCUUCCUGACAUUGCUUCACUGUCCUAUCGAAAUAAUGGCCAAAAAAAAAACCCCUUGAUGUAGUGGCAGCAGAGACCAUUGAUAAGGUAGAGAUCAUUCAUGAGGAUACUUUUCCGGGGUCCAUGUGAUGUAAGGUGUCCGCCCCUUUAGGAGAACGGCUGAGGUUGAGAACAAAUAGAGUUCUAGGGCUGUAGAUCAGUGUUUCCCAACCUUUUUAGUCUUGCGUACCCCCUAAGCCUAUUGUCAUGCCAUGAGUACCCCCUAA